UGUAUCACAGCGUCUGCCAAGAAAGUGUUCACUUUCUCUACUCCAUACAGCACUUAAAACAACCAUGGUAACUUUCACCUUUGUUCAGCAUUAGACUUGCACAACAGUUGACAGCAGCUAGAAUGAACCAGUCACAUAAACCUCUUGAAGGCAACUGUUCAAUCAGUGACUUCAAACGGAAUGUCUAUCCAGCCGUCUACCUCUGUAUAUUCUUCUUGGGAUUAUUCGCCAGUCUUGUCUCAUUAUAUUACUUCAUUGGUGUGAGUAGGACAAGAAAAAACUUCAGUCCAGUCUACUACUUCAUGGUGAACCUUCUCAUUUCAGACCUGAUGCUGGUGUGUUCCCUGCCAUUCCGAGCCACCUACUACUUCAUGGAUUCCCACUGGGUUUUUGGGGACAUGACUUGUCGCAUCAUUGCUUUUGUGUUCUAUGUCAACAUGUAUGGCAGCAUUUACUUUUUAAUGGCCCUUAGUGUCGUUCGCUUUGUGGCCAUUAUUAAGCCCUACAGCUAUGUGUACUUACAGAGUAACCAAAGAGUUUGCCUGGUGUGUGGAUUCAUUUGGUUGUUGGUUUUAGUAGGAUCCAUUCCUCUUUUGUAUGCAGGCACAUCUCAGAAUCCAUCUGGCCACAUCAAAUGCCUUGAGCUAGACGUGUCUCUGAUAAAGUCUAUCAUCACAUUGAACAAAGCUGCACUGUGCUUAGGCUUCAUCAUACCCGUUGUAGUCAUUUCAGUCUGUUAUUUAAUUGCAGCUAGGAAACUUCUACAGCUAAGGAAUGUUCCAGGGAGAAGAAGACCUCAUUACAACAAGUCCUGUGCACUGGUGAUCAUUGUUGUCCUUAUUUUCCUAGUGUGCUAUAUGCCAUAUCAUGUUGUGCGCACUGUCUUUCUGGAAGCUGAAAGACAGAUUAAAAUGAAUGGCUACCAAUCAUGUGAGUACAUUGAAUUGAUAAGAAAAGCAGCUGUGGUUACACAUUGCCUGGCUGCUGGAAACAGCUGUUUGGAUCCUCUUCUAUACUUCUUUGUGGGUGAAAACUUCUGGAGUUUUUGGCAUAAGAAAAAAAGGAGGACGCUGAGCAAAAGAUUAAAUCACAAGGAAAACCGAUCAGCAAAUAAUACAAGGACAGAGUUAAAAGAGGUCCAUGCUCAAAAUGACAUGUGAAAUGUGACUAAAAGACAGAUAACCUGAGAUUUUCAAACAAACAAACAAAUAACUAAGAUAUACACAAUAUGUAAAUAAAAAAAAGAAUAUAAUUUGAAAGAAUUUGUAUAUUAUAUUUGGCAUAAUUGUGUAGAAUUACAUCUGUAUUCCCCAAAUGUUUGAAAAAAAUGAUUUUUGAAUAUGGAUGAGUUGAAUUUUUUUUUUUUUCUUAAACCUGAUCACUGAAUUAGAGACUCACCAGAUUUACCAUUGUUGUACCACAAGGUGUUUAACAUAGCAGGGUAUUAGGAAAAUAGUUGUCAAGUAAUAGGAGAUGCCAGAACCUUAUUUACUGUGCUAAAAAUUGUGCACACUACAAGAGUGGAAAUGUGAUAAGACACACCUGAUGUACAUAAUUAAUAGAAUCCUUGUUUAGACAAACCUUACAGUCAGAGCUGAUACUACAUGGCGUAGUAAAGCAUGGGAAGUUAUUGAAUGAUUCAGUGGUAAAUAUUGGAGGUUUCAUUUGAGCAAUCUAUCAGCUCCGAAUGGAUUGAUAGCCUGGAAAGCACAAUGGUUAUGACUGGAAUUGUUAUAUUGCCUAUUUCAAUAUAUUUACUAACAGCUCCAUCUGCUGGUCUAUCUCCAUAACUGUAUUACACGCCACUAUUUAUUCCAAAUAUUACUCUAGAGCAGUGGUUUUCAAAGUGGGGGCCGCCAGGGGGCGCCCGGGCGGCCUCAACAAUUUGGUGUGAAAAAUAAAUUCUCACUCAGACAACCACACGCACGUACAAUCAAUUUCUAAUGUAAUGUAAUGUAAAGAUGUAAGAUGUAAUUAUUAUUUUAAAAAAAGGGGGAUAUAUUCAGAAGUCUAUUUUUAAUGUGUUUUAAAGACAUCUUGCAAAAGGGGGGCCUCGGUCAAAUGUUAAUGCCAUUUGGGGGGCCUUGCCCUGGAAAAGUUUGGGAACCCCUGCUCUAGAGCACUGUUUCCUAACCUUUUAUCAGUCAUGGCACCCUUUGAAAAUGUUAAAAAUUUUGUGGCACCCUAAACAAACAUUAAUGCUAGACAGCGUUAUGAAGUUGAUGGUCCAGAAGCAUCUGGAGCUUUUCUUUUAAGAAAUCUGUCCAUAUUUUUUCGCAUUACACACGCAUCGUCACACGCUAAUUAUUAGGAUAAAACACACGCAUAGCCUACGUUAUGCAUACCGAUGCUGACGUGCUGAUGUUGAGGGGGUCUAGGGGGAGGGAAUUAUUAUUAUUUUUUUAUAUAUAAUGUAUUAUUAUUAUUAUUAUUAUUAUUAUUAUGCUUGUGUGUGUCUGUUAUUAUUUCAGACAAUAGAUAUUUAUCAUAUAUAUUAAAUGUUAUAUUAAAUGUUUUAUACACAUUCUAGCAUUUUAGAAAUGUUUGAAGGAUUUUUACACAGCAACCCUGCUCUCAUCAGACAGCACCCCGGUUGGGAAACACUCUAGAGACCUCUUAUUACUCUGUUAAAUGGAUUUUUAAACAACUAAAUAACUAAAAUCCCCUUUCAGAGCAUUUUUUUUUUUUUUACUAAACUGUAUACCUUUGUUGUUGGGGUGGUAUCAUCACUCAACUUCUUUUGUACCUUCAAUAUACUUUUUAUUUUCAACUAGAAAUGUAGAUAUAGUGUAACUUUACAAAUGAUUUAAGGUACAUAAAUGGACCAUAAUUAGUUUUUAGACUAGAACUUUAAAAGUACACACCAUGUACCUUUCUUGAGUAAAGAUACAUACUAAAGGUCA